AUGGACAAUAAACUAUUGCAAGGGAACCUGCACCGCACCCGUCAAGCUCUACCGCUAUUUGAGCACACAAUGACGGAGCGCGGUGCAGGCCUAGGUAUAGCGGCAGAGCCCCACCAUGUCCCCAGGAACCAAAGAUGGUUCGGGGACGAGGGGGGCUCUGUCGCUGUCGUAUGGAAGGCGAGUAAUAACUCACCUCCUGCGAAAUAUUUAGAUCGCGGGAGGGGGUUUGUUGUGGUCAGGUGGGGAGUCGUCACCGUGGUCGGGGUAUACCUCCCCCCAGAAAAGAGCCUGGGCUUGGUUGAUUACAAGUCCAGGCUCCAAGAAAUGGGAGAUGUCAUCAAGAGACAUCUCCCGGGUCCUGUCAUCGUCGCCGGCGAUUUCAACGCCAAGUCGGAGCUAUGGGGCUCCCGGCGCGAUGACAGGAGGGGGGAGGUAACAGCGGAUUGGGCCGUGGGCCUAGGUCUGCACAUUAUGAAUGACGGUAAAAAAUCUACGUUCGUGGGGUCGAGGGGGGAGUCUAUUAUCGACCUGUCUUGGGCAACCCCCUCGGCCCUGCGAAGGGUGCGGACCUGGAGGGUGGCGGAAGAGCUAGAAUCACUGUCUGACCAUCUCAUAAUAGAGAUGGAGCUCUCCGUCACCCCCGAUGGCCUACGGCCCCGCAAUACGGAUGGACCCCGGCCCGGUAGAUGGGCUCUAGCCCAGUUAAACAGGGAGGACCUUGAGAUCUCCCUCAUGGGCUCCACCUGGCCACAGUGGAAGGACGGGCAGGACCUUGACUCUGAGGUCAUGGAGGUUAUGCAGGUUCUCGCACUCGCGUGCGAUGCCUCCAUGCCCAGAGUCAGGGCCUGCCCAAAACGAUGCGCCUGGUGGUGGACCGACCAAAUUGCCGAGUUGCGGCGGAGGUCGGUCCACCUCAGGCGCGCGUUCCGAGCAGUGCGUUGGGACGCGGACCCUGAGGUCACUCUGGCCGCCCGGCGGGAGUUCUGCGCAGCCGCCAAAGAACUCCGGAACGCCAUAGGGGUGGCCAGAGGAAAGGGGUGGGACGACCUUCUCCUCUCGCUAGACGCGGAUCCGUGGGGGCGCCCAUACAGGAUGGUCAUGCAAAAGCUGAGACCAUGGGCGCCCCCUCUGACGGAGACGCUUGACUCCCGGCUCCUGGGACGGGUGAUGGGGAUCCUAUUCCCGGUUGGGGGGACAACCCCAUCACCCCGUAUGUAA